AUGGCCGAUGGUACUCGCUAUCUGGACCACCCUGUCGGAGAUCUCUACCUCAACUCUCUCAUACCGAAAGAAACCGCCGCCGACGCCAUACUCUUGAACACGCUCCUGCGCCAAUUCUCCGCCAAAGACUCGAAUACACCUACACCGUCCAAUCCGAUCCCACGGGCCAAUCUGCUAGGGAUGUUCUCUCAGAAUCACCAGCAGGGCCCCAACUCCCGCAUCAAUGGGGGCCACGGCGGCCGGGGCAUCCCAAUGCUGUACAACUACCAACAGCAGCAACAGCAACACCACCAGACUCACCUCCAGCACCACCAAGCUGCCCAGGCCGAACAUGCUGCGCACAAUGGCAAUGGAGGCGUAAUGGGCCACCACUCGGCCUUCUCCUCCGGCGUCAUGGGGAAUUCUAGCCCGUACAGCAGCAAUGCUAUGCAAAACGGGCAAGGAGGAGCCACGCGAGGAGGACAAGCACAACAAAUCACUGAACAUUGGGCGGAGCAGCUCCGACUCUACGAGGAGUCCAAGCAAGCCCACCGUGCCAUGACCGAACAGAACCAGCCGCACUACUACGCCAGACUAAAGGCUUCAGAGAACCGUGGCAUUGCCGGGCCUCCGCCAUCUUCGGGCAAGAACGGCGACGACGAUGCGGACGAUAGGAGACGACCAUAUAGCGUAGAGAAGAAUAAGGAACGGCAGAACUGGCACAACAUGGACCUCAGCGGCCAGGGACUGCGUAAUCUCGCACCCGCUCUUUUCCGCUACCAGUUCCUCCACGACCUCUUCAUCGCCUCCAACAGGCUUCAGAGUCUCCCUCCCGCGAUCGGCCAGUUGCGCCAGCUCCGUUACCUCAACAUGUCGUUCAACCAGAUCAAGAUUCUCCCCCCAGAACUCGGCAUGUGCACCUACCUCAACCAGCUACUCCUCUUCGACAAUCAAAUCCAGACACUCCCCUUCGAGCUCGGCUCUCUACACUUGCUCGACGUUCUCGGCAUCGAGGGCAACCCCAUCGACCCGGACAUGAAACAGGAAAUCAUGGAGAAGGGCACCAAGAGCCUGAUCAACCUCCUCAAGGAGCAAGCCCCUAUUCCGAUGCCGCCCAACCCGAGAAAGCUCAUUACUGUACAAGAAGAUGUUUCGCCUACUUUGGAAAAGGUCAGAGUCUUUUCUUGGAACGUCUUGUGCGACAAGUACGCGACACCGCAAACGUACGGAUACACGCCCACGGGCGCAUUGAACUGGGAAUACCGGAAGGACUGCAUUUUCAGCGAAAUGAGAGAGAAGGACGCGGAUCUGCUGUGCCUGCAGGAGAUUUCGACGGAGGCGUUCAAGGAAGAGUUCAGCCCGGAACUGGCACAGAUGGAUUACAAGGGUGUGCACUGGCCCAAGACUCGCGCGAAGACCAUGGCGGAGAAGGAUGCACAGGGUGUGGAUGGUUGCGCCACUUUCUACAAGGCCAGCAAGUGGAUCUUGCUCGACAAGCAGGUCAUCGAAUUCGCCGCCAUCGCCAUCAACCGGCCGGACAUGAAGAAUCAACACGACGUCUUCAACCGUGUUAUGCCAAAGGACAACAUCGCCGUUGUGGUAUUCCUCGAAAGCCGAGCUACCGGCGCACGCAUCAUCCUAGUCAACGGACAUUUGGCCUGGGAGUCUGUGUUGGCGGACGUCAAGUUGAUCCAAACGGGUAUCUUGAUGGAGCAAGUCACAAAGUUCGCCGAGAAGUACGUUCGCUGGCCAGCACUCAAGGACAAGAAGCCCAUCGUCUUCUCUGCUACUGGCAAAGACGGCGAUGAGCCAGCGCCGCCGCCGGCUAAGGAACCGGGGCCCAGCCAAGAGUAUCGCAACAAUACCGACAUUCCCCUCCUCGUGUGCGGUGACUUCAACUCAACCGGAGACAGCUCGGUCUACGAGCUAUUGUCUAUGGGACGCGUUCCUCCCAAUCACCAAGAGCUGUCAUCCUUCCAGUAUGGUAGCUUCACGAGGGACGGUAUUGAGCACCCUUUCAGCUUGCGGGAUGCCUAUGCCCACAUCAAGAACACCCCCGACGAGAUGCCCUUCACCAACUACACGCCUGGCUUCUCAGAUGUCAUUGAUUAUCUGUGGUAUUCCACCAACACAUUGGAAGUGGUGGAUCUGCUUGGCCCGCCCGAUCCCGAAUACCUCAAGCGGAUGCCGGCGUUCCCCAACUACCACUUCCCGGCCGACCACAUUCAGAUUAUGGCCGAGUUUGUCAUCAAAGCUAGAAAGGAUAAGAAAUCGCCGCACCCGGAACCGGAUUUUGGAUCAGGAAGCGGGCAAGGCCGGUAG